AGUUAUAUGCGCUACAGUUUAAACAAUGGGAACUGAGCGAGUUGAGGCGGUAACUGAGUUACUUACUGGGCAUACUAUAGAUGAGCUACACCGUAUAGUCCGUCAAAAAAGAGCUGAAGUGGAACAUAAAAAAGAUGAGUUACGUCACCUUGUGGGUGAAAGACAUCGAGAUAUUAUUGAUGCUUCUGAUCGAAUACUACUAAUGAAAAACCUUACCUAUGAAGUUUCCAUAUUAUUAGACCAGCUGAGGUCAUACUUGACAACUUGGAGUCGAGAUAUGGAAACAAAAAAAGAGUAAGUUAUCCGUUUGUUAAUCGUAGUCCUUCCGUUGAAACACAAUCGCUCGAAUUAUCAACGGCUUCUCAAUUGAAGUUGAUGCUUGACAUACCGGAAUUGAUUUGGAAUUAUAUGGAUUUGGGACGACACUCUUCAUCUGCAAGAAUGCUCUUUCUUGGCAGACAUCUAAACGCUAGGUUAAAUUUUAGCCAUGAGCGGCAGUUGUCUUAUGUAAACGCAAGUGUUCUUGUCAGUCGGGCAUGGGACUCUUUGGUCCAUAUGGAAGCAGCUGUAAUUUCAGCAUGCCGCAAACGAUUAUCUGCUCCUCCAUCAACUAAAGAAGAAUUAUGUGAUUCUCUUGCUGCUUUGUCAAUGGUUGGUGACCUUUCUACCAUACAGGUGCUCGAAGAAUUUUUUAAUGGCAGAAAGGUUGGAUUAUAUUGCCUUCUUGGUAGAGAUUAUUCACCACACGAUGGGAUAAUAAGACUAAGACCUAAUUUUAUCCUAUCAAUUCGCAAACAGCUUUUACUGGUCGUUAGACAUAUUUUGUCAACUUUGGAGUAUCUUGAGUUCCUAUUUUUGUCGAAUACUAGCGGUGAAGGAUCUACCUGUAAAGGAGCUCUCGAUUCCCGGAUUAAAUGGUUUGUGGAUUGGACAUUCCAAGAUUCACCCAUCUUCUCCAGAGAUCGUCUUUAUACACAUUUACCGAGCGAUGUACUGGAUUUCAAACUAAAGGAUUUUAGAUUUUCAGACGAGUUUUCUAAUUUUAAGAAAGAUGAACAAUAUAACUUGCUGAUAGACUUACUACGUAAACUUUGGGAUGCUUGGCGAGAUGACUCUAUUCAAAUAUGCCGAGAAGUUCUGUCAGAAUCAUUAAAUCAUGUGUCUAGUUUUGAAACACUGGUUGAUCUCCGUACAACUGCACUAGUUCUUGUGCGACGACUACAAACCUUCAGUUUUAAAAAUGGUGCAAAGAAUUGUGAUACAAGACCAAUCAAAUUUGAUAUUUGGAUAGAAUUACUGCGUGGUUUAUUCCUACAAAGAUUAGAGGUGCUAUUCACGAAGAGUUUUGAGAGCAGUUUCAAUGAAUGGAUUGACCAAUUCGAUCAAAUUUUAGUCCGUGAUUCGAAAUUAAAGAGUGAGGAUAACUUGUCGAAAAUACUAUCAUCUAAAAAACCCUUUUUCAACAGUCCCAUAGAAAAUAGUCAGUUUGACUGGGCUAAUUUCGUUUGGUCAGACUGCCUAAAAGAUAUUAAUAUAAAUGAUUCGUCCGUUAUGCCAGAUUUAUUUUCCUGCGGAAAGUCCAAAUCUGAAAAAACAUCAGCAUCAUCGGUCAGUGCCUGGAAUAGUAAAGUUAUGUCUCACUUGGUAAAUUCCAAUAAUGUAGGCUUGGCUGUAUUUUGUUGUCUUUUACAUACUCCGAUUCCUGACUCAUUUGCUCUGAUUGAAAAUGAACAUGAACAUGACUUCACAUCAUCAGCUCAACUGUUAGUCUUUUUGCAACGAUUAGUCAAUGAAAAUGUCCCGUCACUACCUGGGAUAAUAUUAAAUGGAUAUACGGAUUUACAAAAACAGCUUCAGGUUUUAUCACCUGAAUUGCUAGCCUUAUGUGAAAAGUUAAACAUAGCUAUUUCAAAUCGUAUCAUCAAGUUAACUUUGAAUGUUGGUCAGGAUGCUUUCAACAUCUGGUCGCUCGUGUUUAUGGCGUUACAGAAAUCAAUGAAACAGUUAGAAAACUGGAUGACAAAUAAAGCUUAUGGAAGACAAUCUUUUGAAAAUGAUUCCAAAAAUAUAUCAGUGCCUUUACAAGUUCAUCCAUCAUGUGGUAUACUUAUUUCACGUGCUUGGUAUGCUUUAGUAAAUUACUGUCCUUCCAUUAUUGCAGCCUCAAUUGCUGCCACCGGACAAAUUGAAUCAAUUCAUCCCGUACAUUUUGACAUCGAAAAUUCCGAUCGUUUGGUACAUUCUAUGGACAGUACUUUACCCAUGGAAAGUCUAGUGUGGAAAAAUAUUUCAUUGCUGCGUUGUAAAUGGGAAUCAUUGAGUCAUUCGUUAUUUGAAGUCAUUAACCAGAUCACAUUUGAUUCGUUGGUAAAAGGCGCAGUCGGGCAUACAAUUCUUGACGAAUUUCGUGAUAGUUUAUGUUCAACUUUUUUGAUCAAUUCCAAACAAACAGAUGAUGAAUUUAAAAGUGAUACGAAAUCGGACUUAGUUUUUAAUAAAAAUAAAGUUGAAAGUCUUUUAAUGAAAUACGCUAACACAGAUGCCAUACUGAGCGGUAUAAUACCUUUUGAAGAAGUCCAACUUGAAUUACAUUCUUCCGAACUCACGGGUUUUGAUGGUAAUUCGUCUGCUGUUGUGCGCAUACCUUCACAACUUUCUCUACCAACUCAUCAUUUACUUUUAAAUAUUGUUUAUACAAUGGGAAAAUUUCUUGUACAUAAAUCACUUCCAUCACCAUUUAGUCAUCUAUUUUUAUCUAAAGUAUGCAGCUCAUUAUUUGAAAUAUACUCCAGUAUUGUUGACGAAUUGCUGUCACAUCAAGAUAUAUCAAUUCAAUGCACAGACGAAGCAUCAAUAUGGUUUUCGGAUUCUUUGCAAAAGUCGAUGCAAUCACGUGCUUUACAAAUCAUGUUCGAUUUAAAAUUCCUCCAACGUUUAUUAGUUUCGUCUUUAUCUGUUAGUGAAGCUAGUCUUGCUCAGGCAAGUUGAAUGAAUGUUCGUAUGAAGGUGGUAUGAAUGUUUUCAAUUAAUUUUUAAUUUAUCGUCAAUAGUAUUCUGCACGAUUGAUUGUUAUGCGUCAGAGGUGGUAAAACUAAGGCAUGAAGACCGCAAAUCUUUUUUGAAGUCAUUUGAAAUUAUGCGUAGAAAUGGUCAAAAGUGAAAUCGUAUUAAAGAAACAUGGUAUUUAUACUAAAGUUUCAGGAAAUAGUGUUUAAGUAUAGUCAGUUCCUAACAUUAAACACACAAGUGGUUUCAUUGGAAACUGAUCAGGAAUAUAAUCGCCAGAUUUCAGCGCUCAAUUAUAAAUUUCCACGAUGUUUUAAGGAUUUCAAAACACGUGAAUCACAGUGUAAUUUACUGGAUUUUUCAUUUGCUGCUGAUAUUAAUGGAGUUAAUUGUGAUCUUCAGUUUGAGUUAAUAGAGCUACAGGGUGAUAGGGGCCUGAAUGGACGUUACGAAUGUGCAAAAUUGACUAAAUUAUAUACGUAAAGUUAACAGAGGUUAAAUUUUACAACCUGAAAAUUUUUUCACGUGAAAUGUUCUCUCUUUAGGUUGAUUUAUAUUUGUGAGCCGGCGUUUUUAUGUAUAAAUUUAAAUAAGUCAAUAUUUUAGAACUGGGAAGGAUAGCUCAGGACAGAGUUGGAUGGAGCUAUCGUAUCACAUUGCGGUCAAACACACAAAUCAAGUUCAGUUUCCUUUACUUGGCUUUGAGCCAUGCUUAAUGUUUAGAGACUAGGGAUACUAUCUGGGUGUUCAGAUCGAAGUGGCUGAAGCACAACAUGAUCUUGUGGCUUAGUGACUGUCACCGCUCCACAUCAUUGUUUAGCACGCGAUUCGGGAGUUCGAAUAAUCUUUUCAUUUUUUUCUCUUCAAUCUACAUGUACACUCAUGUAUACCCUCUUUGUUUCCAAUAAUCAGUUUUAAUCAGUCAAUCAGAUUACCUUUGUACGAAUAUUACCAGUAUUUUCUGAUAUCAAUUCCUAACUUUAACAAAAACAUAACGGUUAGAUGGUGAUCACUAGAGUUUCCAUAAGUUGGAGUUUUCAAAAUCGCUUUAAUUAUGGCAUUUUUUAGACAAGUAGAAAUACUCACACACAUUUCAAUACUUCAAAGUAUAAAAUUUUAUUUUGUCUUUUCAUUUUUUUCAUCCAGUAUUUGUUUUAUUCCUUUUAAAGAAAAAUCAAAUGGAUCUCUCGUCAAAACGUGUUCAAUCAAUGAUUCAAGAACUCACCUCUCGUUUAGAAGCACUUGUUGAUCCUUUCGAUUGGAAUGUAUGUGCUUCGAAAUUAAGUCGUAAUGUUGCGAAUACAAUUACAUCUACAUAUCAUAUGUACGCACCUAUUCUUGGUUCGAGUUCGUUUGCACAAGUUGAAACUUUGAGAGGCAUUAAAGCAAUCUCAAAAGAGGAGACAAAUGACAAUAAAUCAACCUGUUCCUUUUUACCAUGUAUUUCUGGCACAAAAAAUAAGACAAAGUUGAACUUAAAUCCUUUACCAUUUAAUUCAUCUAUAUAUGUCAAUAAAUGGUCGGUUUUACGAAAUGGAAAUCCAUACUCCAAGCAAAUAUGAGUCUCAUUUACAUACUUUCCUUUGCUGUGAUUUAUCUAAGUUCGUCCUUAAACAUGGGAUCGUAGUGAAUAGUACUUUUUUUUAUCUUGAUGGACAUUUUUGCAAUACAUUCUAUUUGUACUAAACUUGGCUUUUUAUGAAAUAAAUUCCUAUUUUGU